GGGCGGAAGUGGAGGCCGACGCAGUCUCUGUCGUCGAUGUUACUUGCCGUCUUCGCUGCUAACGUUCUGUUAUGAGUCGCUAAAAUCAUGGUGAAAUGUUGCUCGGCCAUUGGAUGUGCUUCUCGCUGUUUGCCAAAUUCCAAGUUAAAAGGACUGACAUUUCACGUAUUCCCCACAGAUGAAAAUGUCAAAAGAAAGUGGGUAUUAGCAAUGAAAAGACUUGAUGUGAAUUCCGCAGGCAUUUGGGAGCCUAAAAAAGGAGAUGUGUUGUGCUCAAGGCACUUUAAGAAAACAGAUUUUGACAGAAGCGCUCCAAAUAUUAAACUGAAACCUGGAGUCAUACCUUCUAUCUUUGAUUUCCCAUCUCACUUGCAGGGAAAAAGAGAAAAACUUCAUUGUAGAACAAACUUCACUCUCAAAACCCUUCCCAUCACAAACCACAAUUACGAGCUUGUUGGUGCUUCCUCAUGUAUUGAAGAAUCCCAAUCCCAGUUCAUUUUUGAACAUAGCUACAGUGUAAUGGACAGCCCAAAGAAACUUAAACAUAAAUUAGAUCACGUGAUCAGCGAACUAGAGGAUACCAAGAAAAGUCUGCAGAAUGUUUUAGACCGAGAAAAACGUUUCCAAAAGUCACUGAGGAAGACAAUCAGGGAAUUAAAAGAUGAAUGUCUCAUUAGCCAAGAAACAGCAAAUAGACUGGAAACUUUCUGUUGGGAGUGUUGUCAAGAGAGCAUAGAACGAGACUAUAUUUCAUGAAAUAGGUUCAUGUCCUACCUUAAAUUGACAUUGGUACAACUUUUUAGAAACGUUAUUUACCAUCAUUAAAUACGAUCUAUUUCAAGUACUUGUUUGGAUCCUGUGGACCGUUAUGCACUAUAGUCAUUUUCCAAAGACUCUUUUGAAGAUGUGUAGAAAUUUGGUCUAGUUUAUCAUGUUUUUGUGUGACUUGUGACAAUUAUGUUUUUAUAGACCUGAGUUAGUGCUAGGUCACUGUUGUAUUAAAAGAUGUUAAAAGCUCAUGCAAAGUCCUCAGGACUAAGAAAAUGGUAUCAAAUCAGCCACAUUACGCUGUAGUGAACACUCUUCAGCAGCAUCAGAUUUUUUUUUUUCCAAGGGAGUACUUACCUGUGCUUUAUGUUACGGCCAUUGAAUUGUACUUUAAUGUAUUUUACAAUAAAGCAGAAUUCAGUUAGCAUGCAUGUCCAUCUUGGAUCCCACUCAGGGUGCUGCUUUGUUACCAGUUAUACAAAAAGAUCUUUUUACAAGGCCUUGUGUAGUCCUGACCUUGACACAGCAGUUGGUGUAGAUCUGUUGACUUUAAAAGUUCUUCAGAGUCAAGGUAAAAAAACCCUUUAUGAGGUCUUAGUUUACCUCUGCAUUACCACGCUCCUCCUCACCAGGGAUCCCUUGGAUGUAAACAGCAGAGCUUUAAAAAAAUUCUUACAAGGGCCAUAAGUCUGCUAUUCCAUGUUUAUUUGGUCCGACGAUUACUCCAUUGUCUCAUGACUUACUUCAUCAGAAAGGUAUAUUUUUAAUCCCUGAAUGCAAAUGCUGGCUGAAUAUUUUUACUGCUACUUUGUAUUUUACAGAAAGUAAUAUUGAUGACAUGUUUUAAAAAUGUGAAAGACAGAAGAAGCUUUUAAAAAUAAAGGUGUGGCUUCUCUACUUAAAAUAGGAAUUGGAGAAAGGAUUAUAAUAUUUUCCUCUAAUUAGAGUAGAUUACUGCCCACUGUUUUUAUUUAGACAAGUAGACAAGUAAAACAGCAGCAUUAGAAUAGACAUUUACUGCAUAUAUACAAAUAGAACUCUUAGCCGUUGAAUGAUCCAAGUGACAGAAAUUUAGCUUUUCUCCUAAUUUCCUAGUCAAAGUAAUUCACUCAUCAAUACUAUGGAUUAGAAUAAAAAUUUCUUAACCCAAUGCCAAAGUUCUGCUUCAGUGCACAUGUACAUAUACAAACCUCAUUCAAACAUCUAUGCCUUAGUCAGUAGAAUCUGAGUGUGUAUUAUCUCAAUGUGUCAACCAGAAAUGAAUUGUAUUUUGUGCUUAAAUCUGAUUAUCAUUUGUAUUAUAUUAUUAUCAAUAUGAGUACUUGAAGUUUUCUUAUAUUUAAGAAUUUUCUGGUUUUAUGCAUGUUAUAUUAUGAUGUAGGAUUCCAAACCUUCCCUCAAAGUGGGUUUUACUCACAUAUGAGAGGUCAGCAUUAUGCCAAGAAGGAAUCACUGAUCGUAUCUUUUCACUACCUUCAAAAUAAGUUUAGUAGCCACUGUUAUUUAUUUUAGCUAUUUAAUUUGUAGGUCAUAAUGGGCACUUUAAUGGAAAGUUUGGGUAUGCACUUAGAUUUUAUGGAGAUACUAUGAUAGAGAUGGAGACUUUUUCCCCUCACACCACUUUUCAGUGUAAAAAUUAAACUCAGUGUGCGAUGCAGGUGUGAGGACACACCCAAACAGUAUGUCCAAAUACUAGCUCUCUAAGACUCAAGCCCCCGUUUCUGCCACUCUCACAAAUGCCACAGUCAUGUUACUGCUUGUGUUCACAGUGGCCUCAGCCCUUGUCUCCUUUUUUUCUUUUUUUCCAGUACUCAGAGAGAUAGGUAACUACGGGCAAAAUACUGAUAUUCUCAAGGGCCCAGAGCUAUCUAUUUAGUCUUUAUUCUUAAGGAGAAAUGAUUGCCAGUAGAAAUCGGACAUAAAAAAAUAUAGAAACUUCCCUACUUCCACCUCUAACAAAUGCCUGAAACAGUGUAUACCUCAGUCCUCUGCUCCCAGAGAUUUUCAGCUUAGCCCAGGAGAAACUGCCCCACGCAGAACCCUCCAGAGGUUCCUCAAGCAGCUAAGGCCAAUCUCAGUAUCAAGCCAGGUAAGAAGGACUUAAUGUGGCAUUUUUCUCCAUGUCAAGGUUAAAACUCUGGAAAUAGAAUUUGGUUGCUAAAGAUGAUCACAAUUACACCAUUGUCUUUAAUUUGAGAAAAGGUAAAAUGUAUUAAAAUAUAUGUUUAGUUUUAACUUAUCACAGAAAUAAUUGGGGGUGAGGAAUCCAUUAUAUAUAUACUUGAAUUCAAAGUUUUUUUUUCACUGAUGUUUUGUAU